CCCUGGCUCUGUAGACCUUGUGCUCGAGUCCCUAGAGUGUUUGAGCAUUUAUUACAUGGAGAAUUUGCAGAGAAUUUGGAGAGGACCAAAUGAAUUUGCAUGUAUGUCUAAGUUGAAAUUCCUAGCAUUGCAUACAUGCCCCAGGCUGAGUGAAAUUUUCAGUCAUACUUUGCUAGAAAAUUUUGUCAACCUAGAGGAGAUAAUUCUUGAGGACUUGUCCUCAAGUCACAAGCCUUGUAAGUCAUUCAUCUGCCAAGCCAGUGAUGUCAGAUAAAAUAGUUCUUCCAAGUUUGAAAAGAUUGCUGCUUCUUUACCUUCCUGCACUGGUCAGCAUUUCCAGUGGCUUAUUUAUAGCACCAAAGUUGGAAAGAAUAGGCUGUUACAAUUGCCCAAAGCUUACAAGUGUAUCAAAAAUGGAAUUGUCGAGCAAAACUUUGAAGAUAAUCAAAGGAGAAUGUCAGUGGUGGGAGGAUAUGAAUUGGAAUGAAACUGAAUGGGGAAGUCGACCAGAUUUUCUGAUGCAUAUCUUUUCCCCUAUCUAUAAUGAGAACGAUGUGAUGUCCCAAUUGGGAGAUGAUAGAGAUGUACUUGAAGAAACCAUACAAAAUGAAGGCCAACAACUAGGUGUUUCUGAAGCUUCAACAGAGGGCGAAUCCCAACAAUCAGCAGGAGCAGAGCCACAAACGUCUGUGCUAGAAAUCACGUCGGAGUUGACAAAGUCGAUCCCUCUUUCUCAUACUGGAACUUGGAGUGGAGACUCUGACUGUGGUUUCAAAGAACUGGACGAGUUCAAUCUAGAUGCCUCCAAGAAAAGAAAAACUCUGCCAAGAUUUACGCAGCAUGUCCGAGUGAGGGCUGAAACAGACUCGAAGGUAAAUCCUGUAGAUGGCUUCUGCUGGAGGAAAUAUGCGCAAAAAUAUAUACUCGGAGCAAAAUAUCCAAGAAACUACUACAGGCGCACACACCAUGUCCAAGGUUGUUUGGCAACAAAGCAAGAACAAAGAAUGGAUGAUGACCCGAGAAUCAUUGAGACUACUUACUGCGGAACACACACUUGUACGCAAGUAGAAGGAACCAGCAUAGAGCCACAGAAGUUGUCGCAUAACCAUCAUGGGCGGGAUGUCAGGGAGCUGUAUAAGUUGCACUCUCAACCUUGCAAUGUUCAUAGGGUCAAUGAAGUGGAAGAUGCUGCUGAGGCAGCCAAAACUAUCAGCUCAACAAAAGGAUAUGUAGAUGUAUUUGAAGCUUCGAUACAAGAAAAAGCAGCAAAUCCUGGAAAUCAGCCAGAUUAUCCGAAGCGUAUUUUUUCCGUAGUCGAGAAGGAGAAAGAUGUGAUGACCCAAUUGGCAGAAGAUAGAGAUCUAGUUAAGACCAACAGCCACAAUGUAAUCCAGCUGCUUCUAAGAAAAUGAAGGCCACUAAACCAGAACCAGAAAACGUGGAUGCUUUAGAGGGGCUUGACACCCUGGCCGACCUAGCUAUCUUGGGGGAGGGUGAGUCUCUCCCCACUUCAUCUCAAGUCACCACAAAGCACCCCCGGCAUAGACCUGGCUGCUCAUGUAUCGUAUGUAUUCAACCCCCAAGUGGGAAAGGUCCCAAACACAAGCAGACAUGUACAUGUAAUGUUUGUGAAACAGUGAAGAGACGAUUCCGCACCCUAAUGCUGCGGCGUGAGAAGAAACAGUCAC